UUGUCUGCUAUUCCCAGCCAUCCCAGUUUCCCAUAGAUCUGAGGAAGGGGAGGAGAUGUCACAAGAACCUGCCCCCAGAUCUAGAGGGAGGAAGAAAGCUAGCACAGAGGAUCUUUUGUCACUCUCCCCUUUCCCGAUCCCAUCUCUGAGGUCUGCUCUGGGUCAAGGUGUUCUGUACCUUAGUGUCUGGGCUUUCUGUCCCUUCAGACUGAGACCAUGCUGCCCCUGGUGAAGGCCCCCAGUUUCUCCAGGUUGCUCCUGAUCUGCCUGCUGCUCGCAGUCCUGGGAUAUGGUGAGGCUGCCUCUGCUGCUGCUGCCGCUGCUGCCUCUUUUCGGCGGGCCUGUCCUGAAGGGUCCAAAGCAUUUGGUUCUUACUGCUAUGGCUUGUUCAGUAUGGUAGAGACCUGGGAUGCUGCAGAGGUGAACUGUCAGAGCCAGACCUCAGGCCAUCUGGUUUCCCUGAUGAAUGAAGCAGAAGCUUCCUUUGUGGCCUCCCUGGUGGCUGAGAGCGGAGGCAGCCAGAAUGGCAUCUGGAUUGGUCUCUAUGACCCUAACAAGAACCGGCGAUGGAAAUGGAGCAGCAGUGCCCUGUUCACCUACCAGUCCUGGGCUACAAAAGCCCCAAGCAAUACCAGCCCUGGAUACUGUGUGACCUUGACACCAGAAACAGGCUUCAAAAGCUGGAAAGAUCAACCAUGUGGCAACAAAAACUUCUACAUCUGCAAGUUCAAAUCCUAGAGAUUACAAGACAGGGAAAGGAGU